AUCAAAGCAAUGAUCCUGGACAAUAUGCAGUGCGCGCACCGGUAAAAGGAAUCAGGUGCUCUCUUAUCUCUCAUUCCUCGCCCACUUUCUUUCUCUCUCUGGACGUGCCGCAUCCUUGCUUGGGAUGCCGUCGUGAGUGGCGUUGGCCGUCCAGUUCCGGUGGCCGCCGCCAGAUGUUCCUGCUCGCAGCAGCCAACGCUUACCAGAGAAGAGUCCAAUUGAGGUGUGCCGUCGAUGAAGAACAAGUGACCAACAGACCAAUUCUCCAAAAAAAGGUGUGCCGGGGGCACCAAAAGAGGAAUAAGCUAACCUGGAGGAGUUUGAUCUAUCUUGAUUGAUUCACAGAGGAGCGAGAUCGAACAAUGGAGGUCGCGGCGGGGGCGAUGAGUCCCCUCCUCCGCAAGCUCGGCGACCUGCUGGUUGAUGAAUACAACCUGGAAAACAGAGUGAAGAAAGGCAUAAAGUCACUCGAGACAGAGCUCACGUUCAUGCACUCCGCACUCCGCAAGGUGGGCGAGGUGCCGCCAGACCAGCUCGACGAGCAGGUCUGCCUAUGGGCAGGCAAGGUGAGGGAGCUGUCCUACGAAAUCGAAGACGCCGUCGACGCUUUCAUCGUGCGCAUCGACGAGGAGGGCUGGCAGCGUGCUGGCCCCAACAACACCAAGAACAGAGUCAAGAAGUUCCUCAAGCGAGCCACCAAUUUGCUCCGGAAGGGAAAGGGUCUGCAUCAGAUCUCCAGUGCCAUCGACGAAGCCCAAGGUCUCGCUAAACAGCUGGCCGAGCUGCGCCAGAGAUAUGGGCUUCAAAUGCAUGGCACCAAUGGUGUUGCCACCAUUGACCCUCGCCUGACAGCUAUGUACAAAGAUGUGACAGAGCUUGUUGGUAUUGCUCACUCAUGUGACAAGAUGAUCGAGAUGUUGACAGAGGGCGAUAAGGGGCCGGAUAAACGAUUAAAGGUUGUCUCCAUUGUUGGAUUUGGUGGGUUGGGCAAGACUACUCUCGCCAAAGCCGUGUAUGAUAGGAUCAAAGUGCAAUUUAAUUGUGCGGCUUUUGUUUCAGUGUCCCGGAAUCCUGAUGUGAAGAAAGUUUUCAAGGAUAUGAUCUAUGAACUCGACAAGGUCCAGUUUAGCCACAUCCAUAGCACAACAAUGGAUGAAAAACAACUUAUUGACAAACUACGUGAAUUCCUUAAGGAUAAAAGGUAUCUCAUCGUGAUUGAUGACAUAUGGGAUGACAAAGCCUGGAAAUUUAUCAAGUGUGUUUUCUCUGAAAACAAUCGCAGUUGUCGACUAAUCACGACAACCCGGAUAGUCAGUGUUGCUGAAGCAUGUCGCUCUUCUACUGAUGAUAUAGUUUAUAGAAUGGAUCCUCUUAGUGAUGAUGACUCCAGAAGGCUCUUUCAUAGACGAAUUUUUCCUGAUGGGAAAAUGUGCCCAAAUGAAUUGGCUCAAAUAUCUAUAGACAUCCUGAAGAAAUGUGGAGGGGUACCAUUGGCCAUCAUUACUGUAGCAAGUCUUCUUGUUGUUAAUCAACAGAUAAAACCAAAGGAUCAAUGGUAUGUUUUGCUUAACUCGAUUGGUCGGGGACUUACGGGAGGUGCUUGUGUGGAGGACAUGCAGAGGAUAUUGUCAUUCAGCUAUUACGAUCUACCUUCUCACUUGAAGACUUGUUUAUUAUAUUUAAGUGUAUUCCCUGAAGAUUAUGUGGUUGGGCGAGAUCGGUUAAUAUGGAGAUGGAUAGCCGAAGGUUUCGUCCAAACAGGAAAUAAGAAGACUAGCUUAUAUGAUCUUGGGGAGAGUUAUUUUAAUGAGCUUAUAAAUCGAGGCAUGAUCCAGCCUGUAGAUAUUGAUAUUGAAGGAAGGGCAAAAUCUUGUCGUGUUCAUGACAUGGUGCUUGAUCUCAUUUGUUCACUCUCAAGCAAAGACAACUUUCUUACCAUAUUGGAUGGUAUUGAGCAGAACAAGCCUAAUUCACAAAGCAAGAUUCGCAGGCUAUCCAUUCAAAAUGUAAUGGUAGAGCCUACCACCCCUUGGCUUGAUACUAGGAGCAUGGAACAAGUGAGAUCUGUUACUCUCUUUUCGUCUGCUAUUUAUCAGAUGCCGUCCCUUUCAUGCUUCCAAGUUCUUCGUGUAUUAGAUUUGGAGUACUGUAAUCUCAGAGACAGUGUCCAUAAGAUUAACAUGAGGUGUGUAGAAAAUUUGUUACACCUGAGAUAUCUAGGGCUAAGAAGUACCUAUGUUGGCGAGCUUCCGACCAAAAUAGGAAAUCUACGGUUUUUGCAGACACUGGACUUAGUAGAGACUGGUGUAAAAGAGCUGAUGCCAGGUAUUGUUCAGCUACAAAAUUUGAUGUGCCUGCAUUUCGAUAAGUAUACCAAAUUGCCACCUGGGAUGGGGAACCUCACAUCCCUACAAGAGCUGAGUGAACUCCAUGUGGACCGUUAUUCUUCAGGCAUUGUGAAAGAGUUGGGCCAUCUCACUGAGCUGAGGGUGCUCCGAAUUAAUUUUGAAGAAUCGGAUGAAAGCCUGGAUAAAGCUUUUGUGGAGGCCCUUGGCAAUCUGCACAAAUUGCAAAGCCUACAUAUUGAUGGUAAUGAUGGAUGCGUGGAUCUCCUGCGAGAAUGCUGGGCGCCUCAACAACUCCGUAGAUUAGUGGUACUGAAUGGAAAGGAGAACAGGUUCUUGACACUUCCAGCAUGGAUUAAUCCUUCAUCUCUACCACUCCUAUCAUACCUGAAUAUAUAUCUGGAUCAAGUUCAGGCCAAGGAUGUCCAGAUCAUUGCUAUGAUGCCAUGUCUUCGUUUUCUCCUCCUUGCGGCGUGGCGGCGCAUAGAAGACCCCGCGGCGGAAUGUUUUUCGUUUACGGCUGAUUCAUUCCCAUGUGUUAGAGAGUGCAUAUUCUUCAAUUUUAUCACGGCGCCAUCGCUUCCACGAGGAGCAAUGCCCAUGGUUCAGUUGGUCCAAUUCUGCUUCCGAGCAUGCGACAUUACAUGUGCUAAUUUGGAUUUGGGCAUGUGUCACUUGGCUUCCCUAGAGCAGGUCCGUGUUGACCUCUGGUGUAAGAAAGCCAGCACCAAGGAGGUGAAGGAAGCCGAGGCUGUGCUCAGAUUUGCUGUGGGCGAACAUUCCUGCCGCCCCAGACUCUUUAUCAGGAGACGCUAGAGAAGCAAGAGGCAGGCUUGCAUCUAUCCUACCACUGGAGAUGAUUUUGUGGGCACUUCCAUUUGUAUCCCCUGUUUGUAUCUACCCUGUCUUUGCUGCUUCGUUGGCCACGCUUCCAGGCUCAUCCUCUUCGCCACACUUAUACUCCCUCUGUUCCGAUUCAUAGGGCUUACGUGUAUCUCUAGAUCGUAAAUUUGACAAUGAUGAUACAAGAUAUAUACUACAAAAUAUAUAUAUAUAUAUAUCAUUAGAAAGCUUAGAUGUUCUACUGUCUAAUGAUAUAAUUUUAUGUUGUACAACUAAUAUUAUAUUGGCUAAAUUGUAAACC